AUGAUAAAUAUUGAUGGAUCGUCAAUUCUUCCAAGUAUUGAUUCAUUUCAAUUUCAUAUACCAUUAACAUCAACACCAAAACGAUCGAAUAAAUCUUUAAAUUCACAACCAUUAUCAUCGACUUUAUCAAUGUCAAAUGAUUCGUAUAAACAAUUCGAUUUAUCAAUUUCCGCAAUAACAUUAGUUCAAAAAUCACCUGAAUUAUUCGAUGAAAAACAAUAUCGUUCACAUACUCAUCGACGAAAUCAUCGACGUCCUUCGACAAUUAUUAAACGUAUUGAAUUAAAAUAUUUAUUAUAUUCAUCACGAGCAAUGAAAUAUAAUAAACAACGUCAAUAUACAAAUACUGAAAUGAAAAUUUAUGUUGUAUAG